CCACACUUGACAGAGAUCGAUCACAUUGAGAGAUCUGCGGUAAGACUGUGCCGGACUGACGAGUCAACAAGACCGGAGAGGCAGCCUUGACAAACACAGACCACAGAACAGCUUCAAACUGAAGGUGUAGACUGGCCAUGGCAGAGUACAAACUAGAGGUCACAACAGGUGAGAGGUUCUUGUCAGGAACAAAUGACCACGUAUACGUCACCAUAUUUGGAACUGGAGGGCAGAGUGAGCGAACUGAGUUGGACAACUUUGGCUUCGACCAUGUAACUGGGACAACAGGAACUUACACCCUGAGCACCAAUCUGUCUCUGGGGAAACUUCUGCUGAUCAAGGUGGAGAAAAGUCGUUUUUGCUAUCUCCCAGAAGAUGAGUGGUACCUCUCCAAGAUAGUGGUGACAACUCCUGAAGGAGAAGCCAUUCUUUUCCCCUAUUACAGAUGGAUCUCUAGAGGAGAACUGGUGGAGCUCAGAGGAGGAAAAGCCUUGAAGGGUUUUGAGGAUGACCAUCCCGUGUUGAUUGAACACCGCGAAAAAGAGCUGAGACUUAAAAAGAGAUUGUACCGAUGGUCGAUUUUUGCUGAAGGACUACCACACAUCACCCAUUUCAAUAAUGUGUUGGAGCUCCCAGCUGAAAUCCGCUUCUCAUAUACCAGAGAUGGCAACAUAGCCAAAGUGAAAUUAGAUACUUUUAUCAACCUCCAUCAUAAGGAGAUGGUUGGAUCUACUAAAACAUGGGAAAGCAUUGAAAAAAUGAAAGAAAUCUUCCAGUGGAGAAAGACAACGAUGUCAGAGUAUGUUAGCGAGCACUGGAAGGAAGAUGACUUUUAUGGAUUCCAGUUCCUGAACGGACUCAAUCCCAAAGUGAUCAAGCGCUGCUCAGAGCUUCCCCCAAACUUUCCAGUCACAGAGGAGAUGGUGAAGCCGUUCCUGGAAGAGGGAAGCUCUCUGCAGGAGGAAGUGAAGAAAGGCAAUAUAUUCCUCUCUGACCAGAAGAAGAUGGAAGGAAUACCCCCGAGAGCCUAUAAUGGAAAACCUCUGCACGUGACUGCUGGUCUCUGUUUGCUCUACUUGAACCCAGAAAACAAACUGAUGCCCAUUGCAAUACAGUUGCAUCAACAACCUUCUGAGCAGAACCCCAUCUUUCUGCCCAGUGACUCAGAGACUGACUGGCUGCUCGCCAAGAUGUUUAUUAAAAAUGUUGAUUCCAUGGAUCAUGAAGCAGUCCAACACCUCAUGAAAACUCACUUUCUGGCAGAGGUCUAUACUGUUGCUGCUCUCCGCAGCUUCUCUGGGAUUCAUCCCCUCUAUAAGCUGCUGAUUCCACACUUCCAGUACACUCUGUUCAUAAACACGGAUGGCCGCCCAACUCUUUUUGGACCUGACGGAGCUUUGAGUAUAAGUUCACUUGGAUAUGACGGACUGACAGAGCUCAUGAGAAGGGCUCUCUCUGAAACGACCUACAGCUCCCUCUGUCUGCCAGAGGACAUCACUGCACGAGGACUGGAAUCCAUCCCCAACUUCUACUACAGAGAUGAUGGCCUGAAGCUGUGGGACAUCAUCAACAGCUUCGUGAAGGCAGUAGUGGAGUACUACUAUCCCUCAGACAGUGAAGUGCGUAAAGACAAUGAGCUGCAGGAAUGGAUCAGUGAGAUAUUCACACAUGGCUUCUUGGGAAACAAAGCCUCAGGGUUUCCAGAGAGCUUUCAUACUGUCGAGGAGGUGAUCAAAUUCAUCACCAUGGUGAUCUUCACAGUGACUGUUCAACAUGCUGCAGUAAACAAUGGGCAGUUUGACUACUACUCCUGCGUGCCAAAUAUCUCACUUCUGCUGCGCAAACCUCCUCCAACCACUAAGGGGCAGUCAAGCAUGGAGACAAUUUUGGAGACUCUCCCAAAUGUUGGUGAGACAGUCAACUUUGAAGCAAUGGUUUGCCUACUUUCAGAGACAUACUCUGACAUGGUUCCCAUGGGUUCAUACCCCGAUGAACGAUUCCAGGAGCCUGCUCCAAAGCAGAUGAUUAAGGAAUUUCAAGCAGAGUUGUCCAACUUCAGUGAAGCAAUUGCAACAAGGAACUUGCUGCUUAAAAUACCUUACAGCUACCUGGACCCUGCUCAUAUCGAGAACAGUAUUGCUAUUUAACUCAAGCUAUUUUAUCUCUCUGCAUGAAGCAACUAUAUCAAUACCUUUUAACACCUGUUUUGCAUGCUGGGUUGUGGGUUAAAUUCUGGGAGACUAUACUCUAGGCUGUAUCAUGUUAAGUCGGCCUAUGAUGGGGUACCUGUAUCUUUGUGUGAAUCAUGUUUUGCAUAGACAUGUAGGAAUUAAUUAAAUGAGCAGUUUAGGGAGCAAAUAUUUAUGUUCUCUCAAAAAAUGGUUGAAGCAAAUUGCAUGUGUUAUUAGGAUACAUUGACCACAUAUUGGCAAAAUAAAUGGUUACUUUAUAGCAUAAGAAGAUAUUGGGCCUUAAUAAAGUGACAUUAUCAGUUUUUCUCGUGGCUCAAAAUCCUGCAAGACUUAUGGACAAUCUCAAGGCCCUCAAACACAAUGUACUGUGGGGCAUUUGUAUUAAUUAUUCUUAUAUUGAUAUGCUAUAAAAUUGUUCUGUGUAAUUAUUGUCAUCAAGUGUAAGCUAAAAAAAAUAGUUUGAAAAAAUAAAUGUAAAAA